AUGGAAAAGAAUCACAAGAAAGGACACAAUAGAAAGGGUUUUCAUCUAAAGAAGCAUAGAAAAGCGGAUGAUAGUAGGAGUUUUGAUCCAAGAUCAAAGAACGUCACCGAAGGCAAUGAUGAGAAGCCUGUUUUGUUCCAGUUGGGGAGCAUUGCUUAUGGACUCGGUGACGUCCGUGUCAAGGCAGAUCCAGAGAUCACCACCAGCAAUACUGCAUCUCCUCCUUCGUCGUCUAACUUAUCUCCAACCUCUUCAGAGAACACUGUCGAAGUCAAUGCAAAGGAAAACAAGAAGGAGCUCUUAAGCCUUUCUUUAAAACUAUCCGAGUUACAAGGCUCAUCGGACACAAUGGGGUCACAAGUCUCCGGUGUGACUAAUGAUUCUUUGGAGCCUGCGCUUUUGUCUCCUUCUGUUCAAAUGAUGGACAGAAAAGGAGGAUCUGAGCAGCCUGAGAGACACUCGUUGCCUACCUUGGAGAAAACUCUAAGCACGCUUUCGAAUGAGUCUCUGUUUAGUCUCAGCAUAGGAGAUAACGUGAUAGCGAGAGAUGAGCUGUUUAGUUACCGUGAUUUCAAGUCUGGAGAGUUUUUGAAAUCGGGAGAGCUGGUCUCGUUCUGUCCUUCUGUUCAUAUUCCUGUUGAUUCUUCUGAUCUUGGAAAGAGCUUUGAUAUGGAGGAGGACAAAGCGAGUGAUGAUAAGUCGUCGAACUCGAAUGUAUCAUGGAGGAACCUUGGAGAUUGUAAUAACUCAGAUGAAGGAUCAUCCAGCACGCAGUCAUUUUCAUAUCCAGUAGCAAAAAAGAACAAGAAGAAGAAGGGGAAGAAUAAGAAGAAGACUACGCAGCAGCAGCAGCAACAGCAGAAGCAGAAGAAGAGAUGUUCUUGGUUGUGUUGCAAGAACACUGGACCUUCUUGCUUCUCCUGCUGCAAAUGGCCGAGUUGUGACUACGACUUCUCUUGCUGCAAACGGAUAAAAUGUUGCUCGUGCUGCUGGAGAUGGCCUAAAUGCUGCUGUUCUUCUUGUGGCUGGCUCUUCUGUUGCCAUUGGAGCUGUUGGAGCUGCUGUUCUAGGUACAUUUCUAUUUAG